UCCCACCACACACACUCGUCCACCAACAGGGACACUCACAUGGAAAAGAGGACCCCAGCACUGAGACCUUUCCUCCACUACAGAACAGGACUAAUUAUGAGUUAUGGAUAAAUAUCAUAUAUGUUGCGUUCAGAGCGCCAGGAUGGAACAAUGAAUGCAUUCGGUCCCACUUAGACAAGACUUGGACAAAACCAGUUGUUGAAGCUGUUUCCAGUCUGAUUGUGGAUACUAGGAAAAGUAUCAGCAGAUACACACCUGGGCAGCGAUGGCUUCAGAACGGCUGAGCACCUCUCAGUGGCUUGAGGAAACCACAGCGGCGUCCUGGACGAAGGUGUAGAGCUUCGACCGAGGCUUAGUGGACGUCCAGGGAGAACUACAGUGUUGGUGAGAGCUGAAGGUCUGUGGUGUGAAGCAUGGUGGCGGAGGCAUCGUUGGUCUUCGUACUCUGCAGUAUACUGAUGACCGCGAGGGCACUGGUUGACUCUGAUGAUGUCAUUACUCGGGAUGAGCAAAUCUUCCUCCUGGUUGGUGCACGGACGAAGUGUGAGAGGAGCAUUCGCGCCCAGCUGAGCUCGGUACGAGAAAACGACUGUAUGCCGGAGUGGGACGGUAUAAUCUGCUGGCCCAGAGGGAAACCCAGUCAGUUGGUGGCCGUGCUUUGCCCUGAGUACAUUUAUGACUUCAACCAUCGAGGCCGUGCGUACCGUAACUGCGAUGCCUCAGGGAACUGGGAGCAGGUGCCCAGCAUCAACCGAACCUGGGCUAAUUACACAGAGUGUACGACCUUCCUGCACUCUGACCAUGGCAGCCAGGAGGAGGAGGUGUUUAAGCGACUUCACCUGAUGUACACUACCGGCUACUCCAUCUCCCUGACCUCUUUACUGGUGGCUGUGUUCAUCCUCUGUUACUUCAAACGUCUACACUGUACUCGCAACUACAUCCACACCCAUCUGUUCACCUCCUUUAUAUGUCGAGCGGUCAGCAUCUUUGUGAAGGACGCUGUACUCUACGCCGUCACAGAGCGGACAGAGGGGGAGUUUGGCAUGGUGGCACCCAGACCUCCAAUGGUGGGCUGUAAACUGGCUGUGACCUUCUUCCUGUAUUUCCUGGCCACCAAUCACUACUGGAUUCUGGUUGAGGGGCUGUACUUGCACAGUCUGAUCUUCAUGGCCUUCCUGUCCGAUAAGAAUUACCUGUGGGCUCUGACCAUCAUUGGCUGGGGCGUCCCUGCGGUCUUCGUGUCGAUUUGGGUCAGCGUUCGAGCCUCACUCGCUGAUACACAAUGUUGGGAUAUAAGUGCAGGAAAUCUGAAAUGGAUCUAUCAAGUUCCCAUCCUGGCAGCCAUUGUUGUAAACUUCUUUCUCUUCCUCAACAUCAUCCGAGUUUUGGCAUCUAAGCUGUGGGAAACUAACACAGGGAAACUGGACCCAAGACAGCAGUACAGGAAGCUUCUAAAGUCCACUCUGGUGCUGAUGCCCCUCUUUGGUGUCCACUAUAUGGUCUUCAUGGCUCUACCAUAUACAGAGGUCACCGGGAUGUUAUGGCAGGUCCAGAUGCACUACGAGAUGUUCUUCAACAGUUUGCAGGGCUUUUUUGUGGCCUUCAUCUACUGUUUCUGCAAUGGAGAGGUACAAGCAGAAGUAAAAAAGGCGUGGCUGAGGCGGAGUCUCACUCUGGAUCUCAAGCAGAAGGCACGUGUCACUAGCAGUGCUGGGGGCGGGAGCUGUUACUAUGGCGGCAUGAUGUCCCACACCACCACCCACAGCGUUUGCCUGAGCGUGAGUGGGACUAAGGGCUUAGCCCUUGCAGGCAGUGCCCUGGGGAUCAAGGGUCAAGGCCAUCACCAGCCUCUUGCCAACUUACCAGGGUACGUACCCAGUGAUGCUGAGACUACAUUACCCACAACGCAGUACCCUGAGCCAGUCUUCAGACAGGACGACAGGGUGGGUGUGCUAUAUGAUCGGAAUGGGGGAGAGACCAUGGGACAUAAAGAAGAGGAAGAGGAAAAGGAGCAAGACCCCUCACUGUACUUCGUACCCAAAGAUCGUUCCAGCUCCGAGUCUACCAAAGACUUGGAGACUGUUCUGUGAAGGACUCUGGAAAACUAGGCAUGUUACUGUCACAGUGCAUUUCCAUAGUAACAUAAAGAGAACACCUGAGUGAGAUGUUGUUAAACCUCGGCUUACUGUCUGGGUUUUGUCUUCUCGAGUAAUUGUGACUUGUCAAAUGUCUGAAACCGGCUUGCCAUGGAAAACCGACAUCCCAGGUGAUCUAUGGAAACAGUAAUAUUGCUGCAUCCGGUGAAAACAAUACUGACUGUGUAGUUUGUGAGAAACUCUUCCCUUGUAUCUCCACCUUCUAGUUGUACAGUUAGACUGUAAACCAUCUAUUGAUGUGCUCUUGGCUGGAUACUUUUGGGUGGUGGUCACUGCUGUGCUGAGAUGCGACCACCACCAAGAUAAUAUCUGGCAAAACUGCAGUGUUGUUAUCAGAAACUGACCAAUGAUAAUGAAUACAGACUAGGGUAGAGGUGGGCUGAUGAAUUGUCCAUGGCAACAAAUACAGUCUUAAGUUGUGGACCUCUACGGUAAGCUAACUAGCUACAAUAUGUGUCCAGAAGUAUGUGGACACCUGACCAACACAUCUAUAUGACCUUGUUGGACAUCCCUUUCCAAAACCAUGGGCAUUAAUGUGGAGAUGGCCCCCCUUUUGCUGCCAUAAAAACACUUUUCUGGGAAGGCUUUCCGCAAGAUUUUGGAGUGCUUGUGGGAAUUUGCGGCUAUUCAGUUAAAAGAGCAUUUGUGAGGUCAGGCACUGAUGUUGGAUGAGAAGGCCUGGCUCACAAUCAAUGAACAAGUUCAUCCUAAAGGUGUUCAGUGGGGUUGAGGUCAGGGCUCUGUGCAGGCCACUGGAGUUCCUCCACUCCAAACUCGCCAAACCGUGUCUUUAUGGAGGCCAGUUUGUGCACAGGGGCUCAGUCAUGCUGGGAACAGGAAAGGAUCAAACUGUCCCUGUUGUCUAAAAUGUUUUGUGUGCUGUAGCAUUAACAUCACCCUUCACUGGAACUUAAGGGGCCCAAUCCCUGAUAAACAGCCCCAGUCCAUCAUCCCCCUCCACCACACUUUACUGUUGGCACUAUGAAUUCCGGUAGGUAGCGUAUCCUGGCAGCUGCCAAACCCAGAUUUGUUCAGAAGGCUGCCAGAUAGUGAAGCAUGUUUCAUCACUCCAAAGAACACAUUUUCACUGCUGCGGAGUCCAGUGGCGGUGUUCUUUACCCUACUUCAGGCGACGCUUAGCAUUGUGCAUAGUGAUCUUAGGCUUUUGUGCAGCUGCUCAGCCAUGGAAACCCAUUUCAUGAAGAUCCCAAGGCACAGUUCUUGUGCUGAUGUUGCUUCCAGUUUGAACUUUGUAGUGAGUGCUGCAACAGAGGAUAGGCCUUUUUUAUGUGCUACAUUUUUCAGCACUUGCGGCCCCACUGAGUGUCUGCAUGGCCCCCCAAGACUGUGCUGUUGUUGCUCUAUAGUAGCACUUACAGUUGUCUGGGGCAGAUCUAGCAGAGCCGAAAUUUCAUGAACUGACUUUUGGCCAACAUGGCAUCCUAUGACAGUACCACAUAUAAAAUCUCCAAGCUCUUCAGCACCACCCAUUCUACUGCCAAUGCUUGUCUGUGGUGACUGCAUGGCUAUGUGCUUGAUUUUAUACACCUGUUACUAACGGAUGUGGCUGAAACACCUGAACUCAGUAAAUAGGAGGGGUGUCCACAUAUUUUUGUCAUAUAAUGUAGUUUUCUGGUGUGUCUAAAGAUCACAACGCAAAGCAUUUUGUGGAUAUUUGCAUGGAUGCAAGCAGAAACCUUCAGGAAUAACUUUUAGCCUUUUGAAAUAUACCAUAUGUGUCUGAAGAGCUAGCAGGGCCCUAGUAGGAAUAGCAUGUUGCUAGAUAGCUGCUUCACCUUCUGUGUUAACUGUUUUUUCUCACUGAAAAUUCACAGAGGCAGGACGUUCAUGGUCUUUUCAGUGUACUUUACAUGCUUUUUAGACUGUGCUCCAGGCUAGAGUAUGGGAAGUGUAUCAAUACGUGGAGAACCAGGCCCACCUCAUGAUCAUUCUUUGUCUCAAUCUAUAUUUUGGGACUUUAAAGCUCUGCACUCUCAUUGAAUGUACUGCAUGAUGGUAUAUACUGUAGUGUCAGUCAUUUCCUUGGCUUGGUGCUCAUCGUUACUGUAAAUUUGCUGCUUAUCCACUAUUUUACGUCUAGAUCUUUGCAAUAUAUUACAUCUGUUCAACAGCUGAUUUCCAGACCGGUUAAAGAAUAGAGUAUUGCUUCUUAUAGGGUAUAUGCAUUGUAGAGAAAGACUGAAUAUCCCAGGGUAUGAGAAGUUGCAAAUGUAUUUCACUGACUGGAAUAUGAAUAUUACAAAUUAAAAGGUUCCACUUUUGUAAACUGG